AUGGCUAUGUCAUUUACAGUUCGCCGGCCAGCAGUGCCUGUGGCAUUUGAGAAACUACAGUCACUUAUUGAAUCGGAAUUUACUGAAUCGACCCUGAAAUUUUAUAUGAACGGGAAAAAGGUUGUAUUGGAGAACCCCAAUCCUGAAUGGACGCUCUUAGAUUUUAUCAGGUCCCAACAUGACAGCAAAGGUACUAAACUGGGGUGCGGUGAAGGCGGAUGUGGCGCAUGUACCGUGGUGUUGCAAAGCGUUGACCCGAAGCAUCCAAACAAGUUGAAACACCUUUCUGUCAAUGCGUGCCUCUUCCCCCUUGUUGGAGUUGUUGGCAAGCACUUGAUCACCAUUGAGGGCCUUGGAAACGUCGUUAAUCCUCAUCCACUCCAAGAAAGAAUAGCAAAGCUACAUGGUUCACAAUGCGGGUUCUGCACCCCAGGGAUUGUCAUGUCGAUUUAUGCCAUGAUCAGAAAUGCUUGGGAUCCUGAUUCAAAAACAUUUCGCCUAUCCGCUGGCAUCAUCGAGCUAGACGGACAUUUAGAUGGAAAUCUGUGCCGUUGCACCGGCUACAAACCCAUUCUAGCUGCCGUGAAGACGUUCAUCGUGGAGGAUCUCCAAUCUAAAGUGGACGAAGACCAGGACCAGGACGAGAGUCUCCUUGGUAAAGCGGAUGAGGCAGGUGCCAGAUACGUCCCCGAAGAUAUACCCGAGUCGAUCAAGAAAUCACCAAUGUCUUGUGGAAGACCGGGCGGGUGUUGCCGGGAUAAUCCAGGAUCCUCAAAUGGCCCGUCAAAGGCGGAUUCUGAUCAAAGCCCCCCCGAGACGUCGGAUGAAGAAUCGGCUGAAAGCUCUGUCACAUCAAUUGAUCUGGCCGCUCCUCCGGCCGACCAAAAAGACCCUCGCUUAUAUUUCACACCUUACAGCCCUACAACGGAAUUGAUAUUCCCUCCUGCACUGAGAAAAUUCGAAACGCAGCCCAUAUGCUAUGGUGAUUCGGAGAAGAUAUGGCUGAAACCGACCUCGUUGGUCCAACUUCUGGCAAUCAAGUCAUUGGACCCGACUGUGAAGCUUGUUGGUGGCUCCAGCGAAGUUCAGGUCGAGAUUCGUUUCAAAAACUCCAAGUUUGCCAUAAUGGUAUAUGUGGCCGACAUCCCAGAGCUCCGGGAGACCAAAAUCCCUGACACCGACGAAGGCAUUGCCGCCAUGACCGAACUAGUAAUUGGAGGAAAUACCAGUCUUACGGAGCUGGAAUCCAUCUGCAAACAUCUGUCACGCAAGUUAGGGCACCGAGGUCUGGUCUUGGAGGCCUGCAGGAAGCAGCUACGAUACUUUGCUGGCCGACAGAUCCGAAACGCCGCCUCUCUAGCCGGGAACAUCGCAACAGCGUCUCCCAUAUCAGAUAUGAAUCCCGUUCUUCUUGCGUCCGGGGCAACCGUCGUUGCGCAGAGCAAGGACCAGGGUGAAAUCUCUUUGCCGAUGGAGACUUUCUUCAUCUCAUAUCGAAAGACGAGUCUUCCGGCCGAUUCGAUCAUCACCAAAAUUCGAAUCCCAAUCCCACCUGCUAAUGUGCCUGAAAUCACAAAGGCUUACAAGCAGGCGAAACGGAAAGAUGACGAUAUUGCAAUUGUGACGGCAGCGUUCCGAGUCAGAUUGGGCGACGAUGGUAAGGUCGACCAAAUUUCACUGGCGUACGGAGGAAUGGCACCCACGACAUUGCUCGCCCAAAAGACACAAGAAGCUCUCGCGGGCCAGAAAUGGUAUGACUCCAGAACUCUUGGUGUAGCUCUCCGGUCGUUGCGAGAAGAGUUUAAUCUGAGCUUUGACGUCCCCGGAGGAAUGGCCACCUAUCGAGUAACACUGGCACUUUCCUUCUUCUUCCGAUUCUGGCACGAGGUGGUGGCCGAGCUCAAACUUGGCGACGUUGAUGGAAACUUAAUCGAAGAGAUUCACAGAGGUAUUUCUUCCGGAACCCGGGACCAUCGCAAUCCUCACGAGCAGAGAGUGGUGGGCAAACAGAUUCCUCAUCUCUCGGGUCUCAAACACAACACCGGCGAAGCCGAAUAUGUCGACGAUAUGCCGCAUCACGCUCGCGAACUGUACUGUGCAUUCGUAUUCUCACAAAGGGCUCACGCGAUCUUGGUGGAGGUAGAUUGGUCACCAGCUAUUGGUCCUGGCCUGGCCAUAGGAUACGUCGACAAAAAUGACAUUCCCAUGGAGCUAAACUCUUGGGGUUCGGUGAAGAGGGAUGAACCAUUCUUCGCGGACGAAUUUGUUCAUUCACACGGCCAAGUCAUUGGGUUAGUAUAUGCGGAGACGGCGAUCCAAGCACAAAAAGCCGCUCGACUCGUCAAAGUGGUGUAUGAAGACCUUCCUCCGAUCUUGACAAUCGAUGAGGCCAUCGAGGCAAACAGUUUCUACCCCCACCCCAAACAACUGAGAAAAGGCGCCGCAGUCGAAGGGUCUAUGGACCACGUUUUUUCCCACUGUGACCGAGUCUUCGAAGGCCUCAUUCGUAUGGGUGGACAGGAACAUUUCUACCUUGAAACCAAUGCGGCGCUGGUCAUUCCUCACACGGAAGACGGCAUGAUGGAGGUUUGGUCAUCCACUCAAAACACCAUGGAGGUCCAAGAAUUUGUGAGCCAAGUAACCGGGAUGCCGCGCAACCGCAUCAACUCUCGCGUGAAAAGGAUGGGAGGAGCUUUUGGAGGGAAGGAAUCCCGAGCCGUGCCCUUCGCAUGUGCCCUUGCCGUCGCGGCCAAAAAGGAGAAACGCCCUAUGCGUUGCAUGCUAAAUCGGGACGAGGACAUGAUGACCAGCGGACAGCGCCACCCCUUCCAAGCACGCUGGAAAGUCGGAGUCAUGGACGACGGUACGUUGGUCGCCCUCGAUAUCGAUCUCUACAACAACGCCGGAUGGUCUUAUGAUAUGUCGGGUGCGGUGAUGGACAGAUGCGCCACGCAUAUUGAGAAUUGUUACGAGAUCCCGCAUGUCCAUGUCCGUGGUCAUCUCUGCAAGACUAAUACGCAUAGCAACACCGCGUUCCGAGGAUUUGGUGGUCCUCAGGCAAUGUUCAUUGCUGAGACCUACAUGUCUGCAGUCGCCGAAGGGCUGGGCAAACCCAUUGACGAACUCAGGAUGAUGAACCUGUACAAGGAGAACGAUAUGACCCCUUUCCUGCAGAAAAUCGAUGAAGAUUGGCACAUUCCACGACUCAUGUCUGAACUCCAGGCCGAGUGCGACUAUGAGAAGAGAAAAUCAGAUAUCGAGUCGUUCAAUCGGACCAACAAGUGGAAGAAACGUGGAAUCAGCCUCAUUCCCUCGAAAUUUGGAAUCAGCUUCGCCACGGCCGUUCACCUCAACCAAGCCAGUGCGGCGGUGAAGAUCUUCGCGGAUGGAAGCGUCCUCUUGCAUCACGGCGGCACGGAGAUGGGCCAAGGGCUUUACACGAAAAUGAUCCAGGUCGCAGCUCAGGAGCUAAAUGUUCCUAUUGAUGCCGUGUACACGUCCGAGACAGCUUCGUACUUCACAGCCAAUGUGUCGCCGACGGCCGCAUCUUCUGGAAGCGAUCUUAACGGGAUGGCCAUCAAGGAUGCUUGUGACCAGCUGAACGAGCGCUUGAGGCCCUACUGGGAGAAAUUCGGACCUGAUGCGAGCAUGAAGACAAUCGCUCAUGCAGCCUAUUUGGACCGUGUCAACCUGUCUGCUUCCGGAUUCUGGAAGAUGCCCGAGGUCGGCUAUCAGUGGGGUAACUAUAAAGAUCCCAAACCAAUGUAUUAUUACUUCACACAGGGUGUGGCAUGUAGCGAAGUUGAACUGGACCUGCUAACAGGCGACCACACGGUGCUUCGGACCGACAUCAAGAUGGAUGUCGGCCGAUCAAUCAACCCAGCCAUUGAUUAUGGGCAAGUAGAGGGCGCUUUCGUUCAAGGUCAAGGACUCUUCACGAUGGAAGAAUCCCUCUGGACUCGCGAUGGCCAGCUUUUCACCCGUGGACCAGGCACCUACAAGAUCCCCGGCUUCAGUGACAUCCCUCAGGAAUUCAACGUCAGCUUCCUUCAGGGUGUGUCUUGGAACCACCUUCGCACCAUCCAGAGCAGCAAAGGCAUUGGCGAGCCUCCACUAUUCUUGGGCGCCGCAGUGCUGUUCGCUCUGAGGGAGGCGCUUGUUAGUGCCCGCAAGGAUAAUGGAAUCCAGGAGCAUCUGACGCUUCACAGCCCAGCGACGGCUGAAAGGCUGCGGUUGGCGGUUGGUGACGAUUUGUUGAGGAUGGGUACGGUAGUUCCAAAGGACGGUGAAAAGAAUUUCCUAGUAUCGGUUGCGUGA